AUGGUAAGACAUAACAAUCAAUUACCGGAUAAUCUUCCACAAUUGCAGAAUCUUAUCAAGCGUGAUCCAGAAUCUUACAAGGAAGAGUUUCUUCAGCAACAUCUGCAUUAUAAGUCUACACUAGAAGUUUUCCAUCUGGAGCCCACGCAAUUUAACAAAAGUCUCGAUGAGCUAGUAACCUUCUUGGCUCAGGUUGCCCAUUGUUAUCCAAAUGAUUUGAAAACAUAUCCUCAAGAGAUUAUCGAUAUAUUACAAACUCAUAACAUUAUACUAGACAAUGAAAUGCGAAUGACAUUUUGUAAAGCGUUAAUUCAACUACGCAACAAAUCCCUCUUAGAACCUACUGCACUUCUCAGUUUAUUUUUUGAGCUUUUAAGAUGUCAAGAUAAAAUCUUAAGACAAUUCCUCCAAACGCAUAUUGUCACAGAUAUUAAAAAUAUUAAUGCAAAGCAUAAAAAUGCCAAAGUUAAUACAGUGUUACAAAAUUUCAUGUUCUCUAUGUUAAAAGAUCCAAAUGUAAGAGCUGCGAAGAUGUCUGUAGAUAUUAUGAUAGAAUUGUAUAAUAAAAAUGUUUGGAACGACGUCAAGACUGUCAAUGUUAUAGCAACGGGUUGUUUUUCGAAAAUAACAAAAGUAAUGGUUGCUAGUUUGAAAUUUUUUCUGGGAACUCAUUCGGUAGAAAAAGAAAGUGAUGACAGUGAUUCAGAUGAUGAGCCAAAUAUGAAGGAAAUUAUGAUUGCUAAUAAAGUAAACAAAAAAACAAAGAAACGUCAAAAGCAAUUAAAGAAAGCUAAACAAUCAUUCAUAAAAGCUAAAAAGAAGAAGUCUAAAGCACCGCAAUAUAAUUUUUCAGCGUUGCAUCUAAUUCAUGAUCCACAAGAUUUUGCUGAAAAAUUAUUCAAGCAGAUAGAAAAAAAUAAUGAUAGAUUUGAAGUAAAACUCAUGACUCUGGAUGUUGUGUCUAGACUUAUUGGCUUGCAUAGUUUAUUUCUCUUAAACUUUUAUCCGUAUAUACAAAGAUUCCUUCAGCCUCAUCAACGAGAGGUUACAAAACUUUUACAAUUCAUAGCUCAGGCUUCACAUGAAUUAGUACCACCUGAUGUGUUAGAACCCAUUUUGAAGACAUUGGCAAACAAUUUCAUAACGGAAAGAAAUUCUGCAGAUGUGAUGGCCAUUGGUUUAAAUACCGUACGUGAAAUAUGUACACGAUGUCCGUUGGCCAUGAAUGAGGAUCUACUCGAGGAUUUAACACGAUACAAGCAUUAUAAGGAACGUUCUGUUAUGAUGGCAGCGCAAUCUUUAAUUGGAACAUUCAGGCGUAUAAUGCCCGACUUAUUAUGUAAGAAAGACCGAGGCCGUCCUACAGAAGCUAAUGUUAUGAUAAAGUCUUCUAAAUAUGGUGAAAUUCGAGCAAGUGAAUUUGUACCAGGAUCAGAAGUUUUACAUAAUCAAUCUGUUGAGAAUACUGAAGAGACUAAUGAUACCGACAAAGAGGAUGAUGACGAGUGGAUCGAUGUAAGUGAAAAUAGUGGGAAGGAAAUCAGCGACGAAGAAAUCAGCGACGAGGAAAUCAGCGACGAGGAAGUCAGUGAUGAGGAAAUCGACGAGGACGAGUUAACUAAUGAAUCAGCGAAAUCUUCCAUUAACGAAAAUAAAGAUGAUAAAACUUUAACGUUAUCACACAGUGAAAACAGUAGUGUGCAGAAUACUUGUGAAGCGGAUAGCGGAGAACAAAAAACAAAUAAAGUUUUGCAAAAGAAAAACGCUUUAACAAAGCAAGAAAAAAAGGCACAAAAAUUAGAAAAGAAGGCAAAAUUUAAAUCUGAAAAAAACGAAGAAUUAACAGCUGAGCGAAAAAUGAAAGCAUCUGUGAUAUCUACUGAAAGAUUACUCACGGAUAAAGAUUUCAGAAAAAUUGAUGUCGCAUUAGCAAAGCAAGACGUAACAUACAUUAAACGUGGCGUUAAGAGAACGCAUGAUAAAGUAGAGAUAGAUAAAAGUGGAGAAUUGGUAAAACUUAGCGAUAUAGAAAACAUAUAUAAGAAACGCAAGCAUGAUAAGGUUGCUCGACAGAAAUCUGUGAAGAAAGGGCAAAAAGGACGAGACAAAUUCGGUUUUAAGGAUCGACGACAAAAUCCAUUAUGCAGUACCACAAAUCGUGAGAAGAGAAAAGGGAAAGCAUUUUCAAUGUUAAAACAGAAAUUAAAAACAAAAGUAAAACGAUCUUUUAGAGAGAAACAAAUAGCUCUUAAAAAUCAUCUGAUAAAGCAAAAAAGAAUGAAAUAA